AUGGAGAGGCACAUGGUCAGGGAACAAUUGUAUAGGCACUUUGAUUUGGAGAGGAAGAAUGUCAAGCUGGCUGAAGCCAGACUGGACCAAAGGCUGCAGAAACUGGAGGAUAUCUGCCUCUACCAUGUGAAAUUGCUGACCUGGGAGCAGAGGCAGCUCCAAAAAGAACUGCAGAAGUUGCAGCAAGCAAAAACCAUGAAGAAAAAGUUCUCCUCUUAUUUGGGGAAUGGAAUUCAGAAGAGACCAGAUGAUGUUCUCAUGUUCUCACCACAAGGAGGGCAGAAGCACAGAGCCCCACAGGCUAAGAAAAUGAGAGCAUUGGCAACCCGUAUGACCCAAGACACAUACAAAAGCAAGUCCCAGCUGCCUCCUUCACAUGAUCCUGGCCUCAAAGACUCCAUGAAGAGCAAAGAGCAGCCACUCUCUCAAAAUAACAGAACUGCCUGCUUCAUGAAAGAGCAACCACAAGCCCAAGAGAAAGAUUCUGUGAAUCCACCUAAGGACGUAGACUCCAGUAAGGGCAUCUCUGUUCUAUGCCACAAUCAAGAGGUUUCCACCAACACCAUAGAACAAGGUCCUAGUUCCAGCCCAGCUCAUAACAGUGGAAUGGCACAUGCUGAUAAGACCAGAUCAAAAGAUAUUGCUCUAAAGCCAGAUGGGAACACUGGAAAACAAAUUCCUCCAAAUCACAUGGAACGUGCAGGAAGCUUCGAAGGCGAGUUCACAAAGCCAGCCUUCUUAGAGUUGCUUUCAAAGGCCAGAAAUGUGCAUUAUCUCCGGCACAGGGUCCCCCCUGAGUCUGAGAGGUUGCUUAGCAUUGGGGAGGUAUUUGGGCAUGGGGAAUCCCUGGAAGGCAGGCGAGGAGUGUGA